CUGAAUUACCUGAAUCCUUGUAGUGCUGUUGGUUUUACAAGGUUCCUUCACCUCCAUCUUCCACAGAGAGUCCAAAAUCCCCCGCCUUACUGUCUGGACUUCCACUAAAGAGAUCAUUCUCUCUACUAUACUCCAUUAAAACAUCUCCAUUAGAACAUACUGCUCAAACGGUGGUGAAGUAAAAAAAAAGAAAAGAAAAGAAGAAGAAAGGAUUUUCACAGCUUCUGCCCGUGGGCGUAUUCAGAGUUUACGUCAGCUGACCCAGUCACAUAAUGUCCAACUCCUCCAUGCACUGCUUGGAAGCCCAGGACUUUGUAGGUAAAGUGGUGCCCCCUGCCCUCAUCGUGGAGUUACUACUGGGGCUGCCUGGUAAUCUGGUGGCCUUGUGGAUCUUCAGCUGCCGCAUGAAGGACUGGAAGUGCAACACCGUGUACCAGCUGAACCUGCUGAUUGCGGACUUCCUCCUGCUGGUCAGCGUACCCUUCCGCAUCGAUCACCUGAUGCGCGGUGAGAACUGGGUGUUCGGCGAUAUCGUGUGCCGCAUAAACCUUUUCAUGCUGGCGGUCAACCGUUCGGCCAGCAUCGGAUUUUUGACCAUCGUGGCUGUCGACCGUUACUUCAAGGUGGUCCACCCGCACCACCGGGUGAAUCGGAUCACAACAGUGCAGGCGGGAAUUCUCUGUGGCAUGACGUGGGCGGUGGUGUUGGCUCUACGGCUCCCCCUGUUGUCAAUCCCCCUCAUGCAGACACCACAGGACCUCAACGUCUCCCUGUGUCGCAGUUUCAGCUCGUACAGCAACCCAUCUCUGAUCAUCAUUCUGCACUACGUGGUCUACAUAUUGGAGUUCUUUCUGCCAUUCCUGCUCCUGAUCUUCUGCUCCCUGCGGAUCUUUUUGGUCCUGCACGGCCGCCAGAUGGGCAAGAAGCAGAAGGUGAAGCGGGCCAUCCAGGCGGUGCUGCUCAUCGUGGCCGUCUUCGCCAUCUGCUUCCUGCCGGGAAUCGCCUCUGGCCUCGCCGCCCUUUUCAUCCAGAAAUUUCGCCCCAAAGACUGCGACUCCUACCGGAUGGCUACCCAGCUCUUCAGCAUGUCGCUCGGGUUCACCUACCUGAACAGCACCCUGGACCCGAUCAUCUACUGCUUAUCUAGCACCGCAUUCCGGAACACUCUCAAGGACUCACUCAACGCACUGGGCAUAUGUCACUUUCAGGAGAGCCAGAACGAGUGAAAGGGGACCGGGGCGUGGCACAGCACCGUCUAUUAACUUUACAUCCUCAUGCUGAACAAAUAUGCUAUAAAUAUACUGCACUUUUACACCCACUUUCAUAUGCAACAGUGUUUUUGUAAUGGUAAUCUGUUUCAUUCAGGAAGUGUAGGUUAAAGUUCAAAGGUGAACAGUGGGUUGGGAGAGCAAAUCCUGAAAUCAUACAUUUGUUUCUCCUUUUAAAAAUCAGGCAUUUUGGAACAUUUUUAGAUCCCUGUAUCUGUUAAACUAGGCAUGAUACCAAGUGUAAAAUAUGGUUUUAUUCAUUUUAAUACACAAAGACUGUCUGAAGAAAGUAUGAGAAAAAUUGGAAACACACUGUAAGCCCAUAAAGCAUAAAGAUAUAAAAAAUAUUUUAUUAAAUACUGUAUAUUAUAAGAGGCAGUGAAAAAUUUUCUUUAUCUCCAUCCAUGCCAAAUCAGUUGUUUUGCCAAGUCAACGACCAAAGAUUGAUAGCAGCCUACCACAGGUGUGCAUAAUCACAAACAAAUGAAAAAGUAUACAUUCUCAUUCCACAUUGCAAAACUAGGACAGGCUUCAUCAACAUACUGAUUUUAUUCAAGCUCACACUGAAGAAGUGCAUAAGGUAAAUGGUGGUGGAGAGCACAGAUCAUAAAAA